AUGUCAGGGGACGAGCUGUGGAAGGAAUUGAGGCAGUGUGGGAGUGAGGGAGAGCUGGUAGAGGUGUUGAGGAGGGUUAAACAUGCGAGUGACGAGGUUAGUGUUGAAUUGGACGAGGUUGUGGCUGGUGGAAGGGCUGCUCAGAAUCAUAGUUUGAAACGGCUUGAAUCGUUGAGGGGCCAGUUGGCUACUGCUUUAGGUAGUUCGCGAGAACUGGGGUCGAGUUUGGCUGGUGCGUCGUUUGUAGCACUUAGGAUUUCGUCGAAAGUCAGGAGUAUUGAUAAUGAGCAUAGUAGGGUUAAACAGGCUCUGAAAUAUGUCCAGGAUAUUCAACUGCUGAAAUCGAGUAUUCUCGGAAUUAGAGAUGCAAUGGAUACACGGGACUGGGAACGGGCGGCGAAUUAUGCUAGUAAAGCUCGCCAGUUGCCGAAAGAACUGAUUAAUGGUCAAUUUGCCAAGCUCAUGAUCCCGACUAGUGAGGUGCCUAACUACCCUCAAGAGAGUCUCACUGAAGCCUGUGACUCGCUAUGUCAGCUGUUUUUACGAGAAUUCGAUAAAGCUACAAAAAUUAGAGAUAUGGAUAAUGUUAGUCGGUACUUUCGACUGUUUCCUUUGAUCGGAGAAGAGACUCAGGGUCUGGAUGUCUACGGCAAGUUUGUGUGUGGAAUUAUCACUACUCAGAGCAGACAAUUGAUCCAAUCUCGGCCGUCUGAUGGAUCUAUGAUCUAUGGAUUUGCAAUGUCGAGACUUUUUGAGAAUAUUGCGUCAAUUGUAGAAAAGCAUACUCCGAUAGUUGAGAAGCAUUACGGUACAGGACGAAUGGCUAGAGUGGUGGACAGUAUUCAGAAUGUGGCUGAUAGUCAGGGUGGACUUAUUAUUGAUACGUUUUGGGACGAACAACGGAUUAAUAAAGUUGUAUCGGAAGUCAAGUCGUAUGCUUAUUCGUAUCUUGUAAGCAGUUUUACUAGUUCAGGACGAAUGGCUGGUGCCGCUAGAAGUGGCAGUCCGUCUCUAGAUGCACAAUAUCAGCCUCGAAGAAGUGAAGAUGAGGGUGUUGAUUUGAAACAGGUGGCUGGAUUUGUGAAUGAGAUGUCGGUUAUGUUGAACAGAUGGAAUCUUUAUUGUAAUUUCCUGGCUGUUCGUUGGGACAGCUUUUCGCUAAUAGACCAGGCUCCUGCGUCAGUAUCAGCAUCAGCAUCAGCAUCAGUAUCAGCUUCAGCAUCAACAACAGCAUCGACACCAGCAUCAGCAUCGACUCCAACAGCUACACCAACACCAUCAAGAUCUUCAACUCAUAUCAUUACUCCUGGUAGUCUGAUUCCAGGUACCAGCCACAAUGGCAGCAUAAAUACCAUACCUGGGUCUUCGUCGUCCUCGUCUGGUACAGUUAUUCCAGUAUCCGAUGAACAAACAACAACUUCGAGUACUCUUCACGUACCAAGUGUGAUUGUGUCAUCUCAACUCAAGAAAAAAGUCGACACUAUAGUCAACCCGGCAAUGGAGUCGCUAGCAGUAUUUGUGUUUAGACGGUCUGUUGAAAAGGCUUUUCAACUGGAAGACCUUCCUGAUUUGACACAAAAAUUCACUCCAGAGAUUCCUGUCGUGACGUCUGUUGUAGACGAUGUCAUGUACAUUUUAAACACCCUAACUCAACAAGUGCUAUCAACAGGACAAACUGAUUUCAUCAAAACAGUUAUCAGCAGUUUCCGACGGAUUCUUGAGUCGGAUUUUGUAGGUAUUAUACAACGAAAACUUCGAGACGAAGCACCUAAACAACAACUAGCGACAUCUACACCUGCUAGAGUCGCUACACCACUAGCCAGAAAACCUACUGCCAACAUGAGCAUGAGCACAUCAUCCGCCAAUCCAUCGACUAGUUCAGGACUUGGCAACCCAGCUCUAGGCUCCAGCACCACCGUGGCUCCAUCUUUUGGUAUUCCCAUUAUGGAAGAACGCAAGUUGCGAAUCUUUCUCAUCUAUCUCAACACACUAUCAGUAACAGCUGAUUACACGAACCGUAUUCUGCGAUCAAUGGAUGUGGAAGGACAAUUGCAUUUUGACGACGAUGCCCAGCUUGUUACCGAUACACUUGAAUCACUGAGCACCAACUUCCGAGCCCGUUGUAACGAUCUCAUCAACGACGGAGUACAAGUAGUGUUCACCACUGUCAUCAACCCCCGACUACGAACUAUUUGUUCGGCCAUGUUCCGCGACGCUGAUUACAUGUUAUCACCCGAAGAAACUGAUACCGAAGACGACUACACCAGCAGCAGUCAUCGCAGUUCAUCUCGAAACCAUUCCAUCAGUGCCAACUUUGCCUACGACUGGAACUCGCUCAUGGCAGGGUAUGCACACACAUUAUCACCGGACAACUACAACAAACUCAUCGCACUCGUGGCCACGUCAUUAUCACGAACCAUCGAGAAAUGGAUCUGGUCGCUCGAAGGCAAAGUCAACGAACUCGGGGCCAUCCGUCUCGACCGCGACAUCUCCAAAAUCAUCGGCAUUCUAACCGACGGCCGAUACAAAGUGCGCGACAAGUUCGUGCGAGUGGCCCAAAUCGUCACCAUCGUCGGGUUCGACGACAUCGACGACGAACAGGACGACAUCGACUGGAUCCUGUCCGACUCGGACCGUCAACGGGCCCGUCAAAUCCGUGUAGACCGCUAA